CAUUUGUAUUGUCAUUGCCGUGCCAUGGCCGGCAAUGGGGUGGGUGCUGUUUAUGGAAAUGGUUCUAUGACUGAGACCCACAAAUCCCCUUUCUCGGUCAAGGUCGGGCUUGCGCAAAUGCUCCGAGGCGGGGUGAUUAUGGACGUCGUCAACGCCGAACAAGCUCGAAUCGCCGAAGAAGCCGGAGCUUGCGCCGUCAUGGCUCUUGAACGAGUCCCCGCCGAUAUCCGAGCUCAAGGCGGCGUGGCGCGGAUGAGUGACCCGCAACUCAUCAAGGAAAUCAAGCAGGCUGUGACCAUCCCCGUCAUGGCUAAAGCUCGUAUCGGUCAUUUCGUCGAGGCCCAGAUCCUUGAAGCCAUUGGCAUCGAUUAUGUGGAUGAGAGCGAGGUUCUCACUCUUGCCGACGAAGAAAACCACAUUAACAAACACAAUUUCCGAAUUCCUUUCGUUUGUGGGUGCCGGAAUUUGGGGGAAGCGCUUCGGAGAAUCAGAGAAGGAGCUGCGAUGAUUCGGACCAAAGGUGAAGCCGGGACUGGGAAUAUCAUCGAAGCCGUUAGGCACGUCAGAUCCGUGAUGGGUGAUAUUUGUUGGAUAUAUGAACUGGGCUAG